AUGAUGGAGGCGCUUGUGGCCAUCGGGCUCGUCAGCAAUAUUGUCCAGAUUAUUGACUUCAGCAGCAAGUUGCUUUCCAAUUAUAGGGAGCUCUACCGGUCCAGCGUAGGCGCCUUUGCGGCGAAUGUCGACAUUGAGGCUGCAGCAACUCGCCUGGUGCUACUCAACAACAGGAUCGAAGAUUCCACAACUACCACUAGCGAUGAUGCGCUGAAGCGACUUUGCGAAUCGUGCAGCUCAACUGCCGACGAACUUCUUGCCGCGCUAGAUACAGUAAAGGCUGAGGGCAGGAAAGACAAAUGGGAAAGCAUUGGGAAGGCUCUGCGGAGCGUGUGGGCCAAGGAACAAAUCGCUGCGCUAGAAGAACGAUUAGCAAUUUCAAAACUCACGCUGGCUCAUCUGAAACGUUACAAUCAUCUUGAUAUGGCGACUCGAGGGAUACUUGAUGCUAUUCUAAAGCACCAAGAUGUGUUUGAAGCAGUAUAUGAGACACAGGCUGCUACGAUAAGAGCAUCGCAUAACGAAGUCGUAUCAAGACUCGAAACCGAACACACGACUGCUCGCCUCGAGGUGAUUAGAGAAACGGCAUUGAUCAUUGAAGACGAGCAUGUGAGGACUCGCAAUGUACUCCAGGAAAUACAAACUGAUGGAGCUUUCACAGCUUAUCCUGCAGCAUAUACUGGUACCUUUGACCAUACUGUUGGCUCUGGUGUCACGACUCUGCCAGCAAAUAUACGAUGUUUUACUGGAGAUGAGAUCCACACGCUUUGUAGAUACACGGCCAACGCCCGGCAGAGCGGGGCCCGGAUGUACAAAAGCCAAAACGACUCUGCAAUGGCUGAGGAAGCAACAUGUGAUUGGUUAAUACUAAGCGAACAAUCCAGUAUUGGUCAUGGACGUAGAUCAGGAUGCGUGUUGAGAGGACGAACAUCUAGGCAUCCGAGCCAGUUCUGUGUAGGCAACCAUACAGUCAGCGAGCGCCCAUACACCUACUCGCCCAAGUCUUAUUAUAGACUCCAUACGACGCAAGCCAUGCAAGUGGAGAACCUGCCCAAUGAACUCAGAUUAGCCACACUACAUGAUGAUACCAAAUGCACUGCCAAACUUUCGAAUACGACAGUCGAGAUAUCCGCAAGCCUCUCAUAUUUCCCAUCUUCCCUUUCGACGACAAUAUCUUAG